AAGAAUGUGAAUCCUCGUGAUUGCAUAUUUUUUUGUCACUUUAAUUUUGGGUUGAAUUAACCGCAAUCCCCACCAAACUAGCGGCAGCGACUUCUCCAAAGCUGCCUUCUCUUUCGGCUCACAUUGAUUUAAUCCUCUUCUUACUCGUUCGUCCUCUUGUUUUCCGCUUCAAAGUUUUGUUCAUGUGAUUUUAGCUUCUAAUGGAUUCUACUCUGAGAUUACCUUCAUCCAUUGCCUUCCCCAUCUCCUCCUCAAGAUUGGUUCAUGGCAAUAAACGGAUUGAUUUCAGUUUUGGGUUUCAAUUCAUUACAUGUCACUCCACUGGAAGAAUCUGCGCCAGCUCUUCUAACGGCCCUCUUGCUCCCUCUUCUUCAAAUGGGGCUGAGUCAAGCUCAGUUGGAAAUAUGAAGAGGCAAAGAAGCAGUCUUGAAUCUCUGUUUUGUUAUGAUAAGCCUAUUCCGGAGGAAAGAAUUGAGAAACCGGUUGGACUUUCACUCUCUGAAAAAGUAAUUGGAAAUAAUCUUCGCUGCACCGAUUGCCAAGCCAAAGGUGCUGUACUGUGCACAACUUGCUCUGGCUCAGGCCUAUAUGUGGACUCAAUAUUAGAGAGCCAGGGAAUCAUUGUCAAAGUCCGCUGCCUAGGUUGUGGGGGAACUGGUAAUAUUAUGUGCACUGAAUGUGGUGGGCGAGGUCAUCGCGGGCCCAAAUGACUUACCUGUUUUGUUUGUCUUCUUUUAUCAGACUUUAUUGUAGACUUGUAGCUCACGCCAACAUGGGGAUGUUUCCUUCAUACUUGUCAUAGUUAUUUGCAGCAUUAGUUUCAUUGGCAUUUAUGUUGAAUUUAUAGUGAAAAAGGAAGAAGAAUAUUAGAUGUACCUAUUUGAGGUAUAAAAAUAGGUAUAUAUUUAUAUGUGUUAUCAUUUAAUUGUGUGUUAUUUUAUCAUUAAUUUAAAAUUAUUAAUCAUUUGACGCCACAUAUAAAGGAUGUAUUUAUUUUUGUACUCAAAAUAGGUACACCUAGUGUUAUUGAAAAGGAAAGUUACUGGUGUUGUAUCAUAUUUGAAUGAUUUCUGUAAGGUUAUUUUUUUUCUCUAUAUAUCAUAUUUUCUUUAUUGGUAAA